CGAACCUGCUGAGGGAGCGCAGCGAGGGAAGAUGGAGGCGGCGGCGGCGCGGCGGGGGGCCUGGCCGGGCCGAGCGGCGGGAGCGCGGCAGUAGCGGCUCCGCCGGGCUUCCCCCUCCCCACACGCCGCUCGUUAAAGGCGGGAGCCGCAGGCCGCCUUCCUCCUCGCCUCGCGAGGGGAUGGCGGCCCCGGGCCCUCCGCAGCUGCCGUGGCUGCGGCUGGGCCCGCGGCUGCGGGCCGCGCUGGAGGUCGCGCUGCGGGUGCCCAGCCUGUUCCUCAUCGACGCCAUCUUCAACUCGUCCCCGCUGCCGGGGGGCUCCUUGAGCGCCGCGCUGCUGGGCGUGCUGCUGCGGCUCCUGGGUGUCUUUGUAUCCAGUGUUGUUCUGGUCUUACAACAGCGAGCACUUUUCAAGUUUUAUAUGAUCGCCUCGGCAUUUCUGCUGGCUGCAACUUCCGUGAUGGUGAAUUAUUAUGCUUCUUUGCACAUAAACUUCUACAGUGCCUACUACACAGCAGCUUUUGGAAUUCAGUUCUUCCCUCAUAAAGGACCCUCGCUAUGGAUGGCACUUUCCAUCCUUCAGCUUACCUUUGGAAUUGGAUAUGUUACCUUGUUAAAUGUGCAGUCCAUAUACUCUCAACUAAUCAUUCUGGAUAUAUUGAUUCCUGUAAUUGGCUUGGUUGUUGAAUUACCUUUAAAUGUCCGACAGAUGCUUGUUUUUAUUUCAGGCCUAGUUUUGACACUAAAUACUACAGCCAUUUUAGUUAUGAAAAUCAAAUGGUUCUACUACUCUGUGAGAUAUGUUUAUCUGCUAGUAAGGCACAUGUAUCGCAUUUAUGGAUUACAGCUAUUAAUGGAAGAUACAUGGAAAAGAAUUCGUUUUCCAGCUGUAUUGCGCGUUUUCUGGCUAACAAGACUUACAGCACAAGCUGUGGUAUUAACAUAUGUUGUAAAGAUGGCAGAAACUAAUACAGAAGAAAAAUUCUUUAUAAUAUCAUGGGAUAAUUGUUGGGAACUGAUUUGCAGUCUGAUAAUAAGUGGGUGUGAUUCUACUUUAACUGUGUUAGGCAUGAGCGCUGUAAUUUCCUCAAUAGCACAUUAUUUGGGACUUGGUAUCUUGGCCUUCAUUGGAUCAACUGAUGAAGAUGACAAAAGGCUUGGUUUUGUAGCACCUGUUUUGUUUUUCAUUUUGGCUCUACAGACUGGUUUAAGUGGACUGAAACCAGAAGAAAGAUUAGUUCGCCUAAGUCGAAACAUGUGCCUUUUGUUAACUGCAGUCCUGCAUUUUAUCCAUGGAAUGACAGACCCCGUGCUGAUGUCUCUCAGUGCCUCCCACGUGUCAUCAUUUCGCAGACACUUCCCUGUACUGUUUGUUUCAGCUUGCCUUUUCAUCCUUCCAGUUCUGCUCAGCUAUAUCCUCUGGCACCACUAUGCACUAAAUACAUGGCUUUUUGCAGUUACAGCAUUCUGUGUAGAGCUUUGCCUAAAAGUAAUAGUUUCUAUUACUGUUUAUAUAUUGUUUAUGAUUGAUGGCUACUAUAAUGUGCUAUGGGAAAAGCUUGAUGAUUAUGUCUACUAUGUUCGUUCAACUGGCAAUAUUAUUGAAUUUAUAUUUGGAGUAAUCAUGUUUGGAAAUGGAGCUUAUACCAUGGUUUUUGAAUCAGGAAGUAAGAUUCGUGCUUGUAUGAUGUGUCUACACGCUUACUUCAACAUUUAUUUGCAAGCGAAGAAUGGCUGGAAGACUUUUAUAAAUCGCAGGACAGCUGUUAAGAAAAUAAACUCACUUCCGGAGAUAAAAGGAAUCCGAUUACAUGAAAUAGAUGAUGUAUGUGCAAUCUGCUAUCAUGAGUUUACCACAUCUGCUCGUAUUACUCCAUGCAAUCAUUAUUUUCAUGCACUUUGUCUUCGGAAGUGGCUGUAUAUUCAAGACACUUGCCCAAUGUGCCAUCAAAAAGUAUAUAUUGAGGACAAAGAAAAUGCCAAUAUGUCUAAGAACAGUGGGUUUGUGGCACCAAAUGAGAAUCCUGUACAAGUUGCAGAAGAGGCUGCUGAUGGUGAAAAUGAACUAAAUGAAGAUGAUGACAGUUCGGAUAGUGAUGAGGGAGAAGAUGACUGUGUGGCACAGCACUUGAAUGAGACUCUUAAUGUUGACUCUAAUUCCCUUGAUGAUUAAAAUGUCCUUUACUAAACCGUGAGGUAUUUGUUUAAAAUUGACUUCAACAGAAUAAAAUUAUCACUUUGUAGUUAUUACACUUGAGCACAACAGCAGUAUCUCAAUGUUGAGUCUGUGAAUGGUGGUUGUUUACUAUGGUAUGUGCUACUGUAAAUAUACCUCUAAUAUUUGCUGGUCUCUUUCAUGACCACCUUAAACUUAUGUACAUUAUUGUACAUGGAAUAAAAUGUUUUCACAUGUUUUUAAGAUGGUUGGAAAAACACUCUUUAAUUGAUGUAGUGCUAUGCUGUGCCAAAGACUGUAUACCAGUAACCCCUGAUCAGUGAGUUUUGGGUGCAAACAAAAAUAUUGGUGAAAAUACUGUUCAGCCAGUCAACUUUUAGAAAUGAAAGAAGCCUGAACCAAAGCAGCUUUACUUACAAAUGCAGUAUUAACGGAGCUUUUUAGCUAUAAGCUAGUGUGCUGUGUAAAAAAUAAAUAAAUAAAUAAAAUUAAAAAAAUAGGUUGGUAGACUUAAUGUUACAGCAUUUGCGUACAUGAAAAAAAAAAUGGAACUGCUAAGCUUUCCGGUAAAGUUAAGUAGUAAAGCAUGCAAUUGAUUUGUUAAACAUUUUACUUCUGAAUUUCAGUACUAGCUUGGAGUAUUCUACAUGUGACUUUAGCCACUUGGCAUUCAGCUUGUAAUAUAUACAAGUAUUACAAGAGUUGCUGGCUUAGAUUAUCUUAGAAAUUGAUCCUGAAUCUGGAUGCGAAGGCAAUAGGGCUGAGAAACUGCACAGAUGCAGACCACCUUUUUCAAAAUCAUCUUUAAUCUUGCACCAAAAAAAAGCACUACAUGUUGGUUCCAUUGCUAAGAAUGUGCAGAUAUGAUCAUUCUUAAGUUUGCAAUAUAUUUACUGAAGUUACACUGAAUAAAUGUAAGAAAAAUAACUUCAUACAUUUGGAAAGAAGACUUUAAUAGUGUUGUUAUAUAAAGUAUUGGCCAACUCAAGUGGGUCAUCUUCUCUUACUGCUGCCAUUAUUUCCAGUAUUUGACUAAAAAAGAAAAAUUAGCAUUAGAAACUCAAUACUGAAUAUACUUGUCUACUGCAUGUGUAUGUACACAAGUAACUAAGAUUAAUCUGGAAUAAAAAAUUCUGAGAGCAAGAGGGAAGGUGCUUAGAUAUGCAAAUAGCUUCACUUUUAAGUCACUAACUUCUAUUCCCUUUACACAGAACACUGGUUGCUCACUGGUACAGAUUCAUCCUUGGUCUUUUGACUCUUGUUUGGAGGUAAUUAAACAGCUUUCUGUUUCAAAGGAA